AUGGAGCAUUACCUGCCGUCUGCUCGCGCGAUGCGGAAACGUUUCACAUUUUCUGGAAUAAUUGGUGAAGGUAAUUCGGGAAAGAUACGGCGAUGCGUCGACCGAACCUCAGGGAGUCUUCACGCGUGCAAGGAGAUACUCAAGUCAGGACUUUCCUCCCUCGAAAUCGAGGGAGUUUACAACGAGAUUACUACAAUGAUUCUACUAUCGGGCCACAAGAAUGUACUUUCCCUUCACGACGCUUACGAGGACGACGAUGCGUUUUACCUGAUAAAGGAUCUCUGCACGCGUGGCGACCUGUUCGAUCUCAUCGCGGAAACCAACGGCCUGGAUGAACUGUCCGCGAGACACAUCUUUUUUCAGAUUGCUCGAGGGCUCCGCUGGUGUCACCGCUUCAACGUAGCCCAUCGCGAUAUUAAACCCGAAAACAUCCUGUUGACGUCAUCCAAGGCCCUUAACUCCGUUCGAAUUGGCGACUUCGGAUUGGCUCAACAGAUUCGCGACGGCGAAGAAUUGAGAAACGUGGUCGGAAGCUAUCCGUACGAGGCGCCCGAGGUGCUUGCGUGUCAGGGUCAUGGCCUUAAAGCCGACGUCUGGUCUCUUGGCGUGGUUCUUUACAUGAUGGUAUGUGCCGACUGGCCCGCUUUUCCUGACGAUCAAAGGGAGUUGUUGCCAAUCGAUUUCGCCGUCAGUCCUUGGCCGUCCGUGUCGAUCAGUUUGAAGGAUCUCGUCCGUCGGAUGAUGGAGGUUGAUCCGACGAAGAGACUGAGCAUUGAUGGGGUUCUCUCGCAUCCAUGGAUUCUGUCGGCAAACGGAGGCGCGAAAGCUGUCAGUACAGAAAUCCCGAAGCUGGGCAGGAUUGAUGGCACGCUGAAAGGGGAAGGAAGCAGUUUCUCGCUAUUGGCCUCCUCGGUAAUGGAGUCUUACAAAUGCUCAACGCCACCCGCUCUAACCGUUGAUGAGCUGUGUGAUACACCAACUAGCGUACUUGUUGGCAACAGCUUUGUGCAAUGA